GAAGUCAUUUGGGUUUAACCAACCUUCUAAUAACACGGCGGUUGGCUUAGAUUGUACUUUGUAAAGCAGCUCGCCUAUUUGACAACCAAUAUUUUGUGACGUACAUUAUGACGAAUGGUUCUCUGUCAUUGUGAAGACUGAAAUUAAUUUUAAGCACAAGCUGAUUUUCGUGAGAUAGUUUCACUACACUCAAUCAUUUCAAAUAAUCAGAUUUAAUUCAUCAAUCUUUGCUGACUGUUAUUCUAGGCGUCACCCUUAUUUAAAAUCCAUUUCGUUAGAUCCAUCGAAAUUUCUACUUUAACAGACAAACAACGUGUUAGCACCGAUCUGAAUUUCAUCUUACGGGGGUCGCAUCACUUUGUUUACAACUUGACGAAUCGAAAUCCCGUCUCUUCUGUCUUCCGAGGUCAUCGCCGCCAACGACACCAUCGAAUCAGAAGACGACGGUGGCAACGACUAUGAUGACGAUAUUCUAUGCCGUUAAAAACAAUUUGUGACUAUAUUUCGGAAUUUUGACUAUCAAAUUGCUUUUGUUAAAUUCUUAACAAAAAAGGAAAAAUUUAGCAGGCAAUGGGGGAUAAGUGUGGUUGUUGUUUCUAAGAAGCAAUUUGACAGCGUUUCGAGAGGGCGAAUCUCGCAGCGAGGGUGCUUUUAUUUUCUGUCACAGAGCAUCCGGCAGCAUCGGCGUAUAGUGUAGGAGGGACUGACAAGAACCUUUCGAUUAUUACGAAGCAUUAUCCUCUCCGUCUGACACUGCCAGCAAAGUUUGCAGCCGGCCGACAUAACUUUCCUACGUCAAUUCUUUGAUAAAUCAAGUUAAGCAGUCUGAUACAGAGACGAUUACUUCUAAUCUUCAUUGUGUGGUGAUCGUCGAACUUGCUGCGAUAAUCCCUAUCGAUGAUGUCGAUGAUGAUGGAAGAAUCACACUCGGAGUCGGCGCUGUACUCGACACCGACCUGCGUCCAGCUGGGCAUACCUCUCUCCGACUGCCCGGGCGGCAUGUACCCCAUCCGCGAUCCCCAUCACCCAUCGGCAACAAACCCCGAUGUACCUUUCCCCGUACCAAACUACCUGGAUCCGCGCUACGCAAGCUCCUUCAUCAGCCACUACGGACACAGUUACGUCCCGCUCCCGAACCCGUUCGGGUUCUACGAUCUCGAGCCGAGCUUCAUACGGAGACGCAACGAACGCGAACGGGAACGCGUUCGGAAUGUUAACGAGGGGUAUGCGCGUUUACGCGAGCACCUACCGAGUGAUAACCCGGAGAAACGCAUGAGUAAAGUCGAGACACUGAGGAUGGCUAUUCGCUACAUUAAGCAGCUACAAGGUGUUCUAGUUGACAAUGAUGAAGGUGAAAAGGAGAAUAAUUGUGGCGAACCUGAGGAAAAAGAAAGUGGUUACCAUAGCAGCGAGGCAGAUGAGAAAUAAAGAUCAGUUUGCAUGGUGUAUCGAAUUUUGUGAAACAGUAUUCUAUUCAUGACUAUCAAAAUCAAGUUGAAAAGGUAAUCCUCUCUAUACUUCAUGCAUUAUAUAGAAUAUUAUAGAUGGACAAAAUAGAUGGACACUAUCUGGCCAUAAGGGAAUGGCGACUGGUUGUAAUAUAGACAUCAUGAUGUGAUGUUAUUCAUAAAACGCCUACAGUCACUUGAUACAAAUAUGUUAUUUUGGAGCAUGCUGAUGUAAUGGCGAACGGAAAGUUGUUACUUUUUAAUGGAAUCUCGACAUUUAAUAUAUAUUUUUCACGUAAUCAAAAUGUGCACAUUCCUUUCUACUGUGAAUGAAGUCCAAUUCUAAUACGAAUGGCCACAUUUUACUUUCCUAAUUGAUAAUGUUACAUAAUCGUUAAUAUUGCGUAGCUUUGGGCAAAAUAUACAAAUGUUAUAAAAGAAAGAAAAUGUGGUAUUUUCAGUAUCAAUUUUUUUUUAUAUUCAAGACCGAAUCAUUCAAUAUACAUGUAUAUUUUGGGUAUGCUUAUUGCUAAUAUUUUUUUUACAAAAUGUAUUUCUUGUGUUAUACAAUAUAAACUGGUGUAUUUCAAAUAUAAUCUGUAUAUUGUCAAAAAGGUUGUUUCACGAAAGAUUGGUAGAAUUCAUUACACUGUACAGGACAACUUUUUUUUUCAGGUUGAUAACUUGCCUGUGAUUUGUGAGCCGGGUAAAAUACUUGCUUUAAACAUGUUGGCAACCAUGUAUACAUUAUAAGGCAACCAAAUGUAUUGUGUGCUACAAUUAAUGUGCAAUUCUGAUUUAUUAUGUAUAUAUUUGUAUAUUAUGUACAUAGAAAAGAAAGAUAUAUUUAUUUAGCAUGGCUGGACUUGAGUUCUGUUUUGAAACGAUUACAUUCCAUGGUUUUAUUUUCGCGUUAUAAAAUUAUUUUCAUGGAUGGUGAUUUCAAGUCCGGUGUUGACCUUGGUGUUGGUGUUAGUGUUGAAAUUUGGAUUGCUUCCCCUUGCUCCAAAACUUAUUCAGAGUUUGUAAAACUGACCCAGAUCACAUUAUUGACAUCUCAACAAUUAGUGAGUGACUUUUCGGGACCAUCUUCAUUUUAUGUUUGGUGUUAUAAUCAUGUAAAUAUUGACCUAACACCAACACCAAAAGGUCAACACUGAACUUGAAAUCACCCUAUGAUGACGAAGUGAUUUGGUGGUCUAUUAACAAUGACCGUAUUUGGUUUAGUAUUUGUUGUUGUUGUUGAUGAAUGUUAAUCGUGCUCCCAUUAUAAAAACAAUGCACAAUUCUGUGUUUCACUAUGGUAGCGGCGUCGAUUAUUGGAAAUUUAGCGGGAGUUAUAGGUAACCGCCUCUCGCAGGAGCUCCGGGUAGCGUAGGGGCGGGUGCGUAUAGCAGGUGCCUCGGUUUGCAGUGAAACUUUAAGCGGAUUGGGAGUUAUUUAUCAUAUUGUGAUUUUCUGCUUAUUUUCAUGACUCUUGAACAUUAAGUGACAGGGUUGCAGUUUUAUUUUCUUCAAUGCCACUCCAGCACGCUGUAAGCAUGUUUCUCCGACCUCUUCGGCACGUAAGCAUCUGGUAACCAUAAUAAGAAAAAUUCAUUCUAGAAGGCACUAACGUCCAUCUUCACUAAUUUUUGUAGGAAAAACGCAUUUUGUUCGUGUUUUCCACAGGCUUAUAGGGAAAAUCAAUAUCAAUGAAUACAAUUUUCAUAAUUUCUCUUAGAGUUUCAUGAAAUGGUCCUGUAGACCUACUAUCUACAUUUCAGUAGCUCAAUUGUUAUCAAAAUUUUAAUUAUCGUCUUUUUGAGGUACAGAGAAUGAAAGUUGAGAUAGGUAUGCAAAUUAUUAGUUCUAAAGUAAAAAUAUAGAAAUAAAUAAAUAAAUAAAUAAAGAAAGAAGACUAUCAUUAUUAUUAUGCACAUUUCGAAUAAUUGCUUUUGCUAUAGAGAUAUUUCAGCACUAAUGUUACCUUGUAUAAUUUCAUCAGUGUCUGUAUCUAUCACGAUUAUUUUCUUCUGUUUAAACAACAACAACAUGAACAACAAAAACAUUUACAUGUGGAAAUGCAUUACCUAAAUUCAUUAAUAAACCUUACAAAAUAAUGUUUAUGUCCAAAAUAUUUAUCUCAACGACAAACUCCAUUGAUCAUGUAGACUGUAUUAUGUUUGUGUUGUGCAAAUAAAUUGAAAACUAUUAUCAUCAAUGAUUGAUAGCCAUGCACAGAACAGUAAAGAUGCAUGGCUACGCGGCGCCAAAUGUUAGCCGCCAUGCAGUUCGAGGUGGUUGUUUCACGGCUAACAAUAUUUUAGGCAUUUCGGUAUUCAUGAUAUUUUGACUGAAAUUCUUUCACGGUUAAAAAAUAUCUCACCUUACAUGUUGAUCAAUUCUACUUUGUAUCUGAUAUCAUUAUUUCAAUUUAUAUGGCGUUGAUGCCCCCGACAUGUGCCCGAAAUUUUGUAUUUUCUGCAUUUACUUGGUGACUAAUGUUUUAUAGCUCUCUACCUCUCUCUCUCUCCCUCAUACACCAUGGACCUAUAAGUCCAUGCAUACACCCACUCUUGCUCAUGUCUCUCUCCCUUUUCCGGCCUUCCUAUCUGUUUUCCCUUUUUAUCUGUUUACUUUUUUAUAAUGUAUAUAUGGGUUUUUUUUCCACUUUCCCUUAUCUCCCAACCCCCCCCCCCCCGCAAAAAUUCAAGUAAAUUGAUAUUUUCCCCUCCCCCUCUCUCUCUUUCUCAAACAAAGCAUGAAACAUUAUGCAAACAAAAAUGAUUUUUCAGCAUUAAGAAUGAUCAUUGCUUCUUUUAAUCAUUCCCUUUGUUGGCACGGUCUAUACGUCGUACGUGGAGUAACAACUUAUGAUCAUAUUCAGCAUGGUGAGAACUAUAAUUGAAUAAAAAUGUAUACGCUACGCAAUCUUAAUUGA